AUGAAAACAACAGUGCUAACCAUUCAGGAUGUCCCGCCGGACUAUGAAACGAUUGGAACAAUAUUCGGUUACGCACUUGUGGCACUAUCGUGGCUCCUUAUAAUCCUUACGUUCCCAUUUUCUAUGUGUGUAUGUCUGAAGGUUAUAAAAGAAUAUGAAAGAGUUGUAAUAUUCCGAAUUGGACGACUAGUGUUUGGAGGUGCACGAGGUCCUGGAAUGAUCUUCAUUAUUCCAUGUAUCGAUACAUAUAGAAAAAUCGAUCUUAGGGUGGUUUCAUAUGCUGUACCGCCACAAGAAAUCUUAUCGAAGGACUCAGUGACAGUAUCCGUGGAUGCUGUAGUCUAUUUCCGAACGUCUGAUCCUAUUGCAUCUGUUAAUAAUGUGGAUGACGCUAUUUAUUCGACCAAACUCUUGGCCCAAACAACUCUCAGGAAUGCUCUGGGUAUGAAAACAUUGACAGAGAUGUUGACUGAACGAGAGGCUAUCGCACAAUUGUGUGAAACGAUUUUGGACGAAGGCACGGAACACUGGGGUGUCAAGGUUGGAAAUCUCUUUAAUCUGCUGUAUAACUGCCAUUAUCUUGAGCUUUUACUGGCCGCAUUAAACAAGUUAACCCUUACUUGA